CGCCACUCCCACUUCCCCUCUCCACACGACGCCUCCAUGCAGGACGCCUCCCCAUUCCUCCCCUUCUCCGACGACACCCUCCCCCGCGACCACUCCCUCUUCGACUCGUCCGACAACCUCUUCGCCAUGGACGUCGAAUCUUACCCCUCCUGGGACGUCAACAACACCCACAACAACCACCCACCAGCAUCGCCACCGAACGCCCCCGCGUUCACAGACUCGCCCGCAUCGCCGUCCAGUCAGCUUGACUAUCCCCCCUUCGGCUCCGAUCCACAUCUCUCAUCGCCCAAUUCAUAUCAAGGGCCCCACUCCUUCGACAACGCCUACACCGCUGUCGACUUAGAUAACGCUUAUCACAACUGGUUCAACGUCGAUGACACCCCGCUCCAAUCGUCAUCCGUCCCGAUCGCCAUCCCCUCCCUCGACUUCAAUCCCAAUCCCCAGUCCAGCCCCUCCUUCGUCGCCUACGACGACCACCUCUACUACCCCGGUAAGACCGAGCAGUUCUCACCUCCCUCUGACUACGGUCUCCACUCCUUCCCCCACUCCUUCGACGACCAGCACCAGCACCAGCAGCAACAGCUCUUCCCGUCCGUCUCCCCCCCGGAGCUCUCCCAGCCCUCAUGGGCCACAUCCCUCUUCGCUCCGCCCUCCGCUCAACGGCCACCCACGUCGCCGCCACCCCAACUCCUCUAUCCGCCCUCGCCACACUCGGACGACAACUUCGCCACCCAACGACCACGUCAUCGCAGGGUCUCCAUGCCCGCUGCCUCGCAUAUCUUCCAGUCCUCCAGCGCACCGUCCGGCCUGAGAGCCCCGUCGCUAUCACGCCCGUACAGUCGGCGAGCAGAGUCUGCCAGCACAGGUGACGAUCCCGACGCUACCGUCCGCAGGAAGAGAAAGGUCGAGCUCUCGGAGGACGACCUCAUCGCUGAGCCUUCCAUUGCCGUUGCCGACAGGACCAGACCGGCGAGCGAGACACCCCCUCAGAAGUCGCACCUCCAUCCUCCGAAGCUGGCACCGUCGGCGUGGCAGUUGUAUUUCACGGACUGGAUACAGAGACAUCAGGCGACGAGCGCGCGAAAGCUGAACGUUGCGCAGGCAGCCAAGGAGGCUGGGGCGGAGUACGCUGCACUUAGCGCCGCCGAGAAGGAGCCCUACCAGCGCCGUUCCCAGACGAUGAAAGAAGCCCGCGAACGCGAGUACACCAAGUACAUGGCCUCGCUCUCCCCGGACGACAUCAAGCGCGAGAACGUGUUCCGGUCUGCGCAGCGCAAGGCGGGCAAGUCGCGCAAGGGGAACAUCAAGGACCCGAACGCGCCGAAGAAACCGCUCAGCGCGUAUUUCAUGUUCUUGCAGAGGAUCAGGUCGGACCCGGCCUUGGUCCAGGACGUGUUCGGAGAGGAGACGGAGACGACGAAGCAGAGCGUGUUGGCGGCGGGCAAGUGGAGGUCGAUGACGGAUGAUGAGAAGAGACCCUUCUUAGCUCAGGCAGAACAAGAGAAACUCGAGUACGAGUCCGCGCGGAAGAGGUACGAGGAAGGGUCGAUGAUGAUGGAUUACGGAACGAGUAUCAGCUUCAGCGUGUUGCCGCCAAACUCCUUCCAGACGUCGUCUAUCCCCUUGAGCUCGUCCGCGGGCUCGCGCUCCGUCUCGGGUGUACGUUCGGGGUCGGGGUCGGUCAAGGCGGAGCCGUUUAGUUCGGAGAGUGAGAGCGAGGCGGAUUCGGUGGUGUCGGGUGUAGCAAGCAGCAGCGGGAGGAGGUUUAGAGGGAGGGUUUGAGCGCGGUUAGAAGUAGGUAGGAUGUCGGGGCCUGGGGCGUCCCUGGAUGGACUGGUUCGACGACGACGACGAUGAUGGGGAAGAUCUCUCCUUGCACUCAUCUUUACGAAUUUCUGUUUCUAGUUUUUACUUUUCCUUCACUAUGCACCACCCUUUGCUCUUUGACUUUUUCAUCCUGUUUAUUCCCUUCGGUUCGCUCGACUCGACUCGACUCUCUGCGUGUUUGUGUUUCUUGGUCCGAGGCUGGGUCUUCCGGCCUGCGGUCCCGGUGGGACUAUCUUUUGCUCUUACUUCCUCUUUUCUUCCUUCGUACAUAUGCUUGACUUUUCUUUUCUUUUCCUUUGCUGGUUGGGGUGGCAUGGCAAAGCGGCCAUCUCUCGUCCCGUUCACGACGCGCACACGUUUUAUCGCCGAUGAUACCACUCGUCUCUUCAUGAUAUCUCUGGUCUUUCUGGAUCGCUUUCCGCUUUUCGGGUUUCUCUUUCGGGCCCUUCGUCGCUGCAGUUCUUCCCUCGUCAUGUCAUGCACGCACGCACGCACGCAACUCACGACGCACCGCUGUCUCUUUUGUUUUCGCUUUCUUGUUGUAGUAUAUUACUUACCCUCGUCUCCGUCUCUGGGCCCGAUCGACGCAUGCCGAACAUUGAUUGAUUUGUACUUAUCGUCCCCGUGUUCGUUAACCGUUGCCCGCUCAUGUAUCAUUCUUCUUUCUCGUUUUUUUUUUUUUCGUUUUCGUUUUCGGUUUCUUUUUCUCAGAUUUCGUACUUCAUCUACGUCCUCUCGUCUCUCGUCUGUCGUGCUGUGGCCUGAGCGCAGCUAGCCACCAAAUUUUUCAGUGUGGCCCCUCACUUUGCCCUCACUCCGUCUACCCUUCUACCGUCUACCCUUCUACCGUGUUACGUUGUGCUCAGGUUCUCGAGUCACGUAUUAUCCAUGCCGAGUACUUACGUAGGUACCGUCCUUGCUGAGUACGCACGCACGUAGGUACGGUCCCGCUCAUUGCUCAAGCUCCCGAGUCAAUCACGUACGGUAUGUACGGUCCAUUGUCCAUGCACAUGUCCAGGCUGCGAUCAAUGUUUUGAGUCUCUUCGUUUGAUUUUUCUUUUGAAUGUAUUGCUAGAAACACCGUCUCGUCUCGAGUUCUGAUGACCUCUACUCUCUACUCUCUACUCUCUACUCUUGUCUUCGUUUCUGUCUACCUGCCUCCUCUCCUCACCUCCUCCCGCCUCGCCCCGUUUCACCGCUAGCUGCACUUACGACCUC